AUGCAGUUGCGUGCUAAGAGUCUGGAAAACCAGGAAGAAGCAGCUUCAUACAAGAACCUGCAGCAGCAGAACCUGGCAGACAAGGCCAAGCAGGAAGCGGAAGUGGGUUCUCUCUGGCAUAAAAAUGUUGAGCUUGAAGGACGGCUCAAGGGCCAGGAGGCUCUCAAUCAGGACCUCAUGACUGUUCUUGAGAAGGAGAGGAACCUGAAUCAAGAGCUUACUGAAGCCAUGGGCCAACACGAGAAGAAAAUUGCCCACCUGGAACACCAGGUGUACACAUUGCAGUUGGAGGAGAAGCACAAAGACAUGCUAAUUGGAGUUUUGAGCAGUAAGGUGUCUCAGGGCACCACACUAGGAGUAGAUGUUCCUGGAGGGCACCAGCCUUUGCCACAGACUGUCUCCCACGGCACUUCACCCAUUGAAAGUGGCAGCAAGGCCGACAGUGGCGUGCAGGGCAUGUCAUCCAGCAGCAGAAGCCACGAAGAGGUGUCCGUAUGCAGCGUUGCUUCGCAAGUGUCGCCGCAAGAAGGGUUGAAGUUGGACCAGACGUUGAAGGAAAUCACAUCACAGCUGAACGAGAAAAAGGCUGCUGUGCUCCAAGCAAAGCGACUGCUUCGAAGCACAACCAACGAGCUUCAGAAACUGACAAAGAUUGCAGAGGAAAGGGCUGAGCAGCUUAGACGGCUGCAGUCUCGGAUGCAGAGCACUUCGACGGUAGCAUCCACCCCUGGCAGCCGUGAACACAAAGCCAAUGAUGACGACGCAUGCAAUGUCCGCUUGACCAGCAGUGGGUUCGUACCGUUCUCAGCAGCUCCUUCCUUCUCUAAGACUGUCAGGAAAGUGUGCUACAAGAAAGUGGCCUCUACUCCAAAGGAAUCACUCAGCACUCUUGCAAGCGUGUCUAGCAUACAGAAUAACGUUGAAAGUUCUGCAGGUCCACCUCACCUUGAACUUCGUUUAGAGGAGAUGUCCUGUGUUUCUGACGAUGUCUUCGAAUCUACUUGCUUGCGUGAGAAACACUCGGUAGGGAAUCGAAGUUCCAUGUCCAAAGCAGUGCGUCGUGUGCCUGAGCCUUUAAGUAGCACGCAUGAAAUGGGAAAUCUUGAAACACCGCACAAGCUCCUGGCAGAUUGCUUCCAAUAUUUGAAAGACGAAUCAUACGGGUCAGAUGCUGUUUUGAAAUCUCACAUUGUUGACGAUCAGGACCAAAGAUCAGAACGCAUGUUCAGUUUUGGUUGCAAACAGGCAACAUCAGUAUUGGAUCGAUCUUCGAAAGCUGUCACUCCCAUCAGAACCUCCACGGAAGCAGCUGACACAAAGAAACAGAAUAUGCUAAGUGCUUCUACUGCUAUAGAAGACAAGAGCCCAGUACAGAAGGCGAUAUCGCGCAGUCCAUGGGAACAAGAUCAGUGUUGUGGGAAGAGAAGCAGCGGCCAUGUCAUCCAGUCCACUCCUUCGUACGAUUUCCCACUGCUGGGCAAGAGCAAGGUUUGGAAUUAUGGGCCCUGUGACUGCAAGAAUCCGACUAUGAAGCCUGCUUGUAGUAAUGCGAAGUCAUGCAUUUCAAGUGUGCAGAAGAAAGGGGCAAGGAGAUCCCUCACAUUUCCAGAAGAAGGGGCGUGUCCUACAGCGCUGUUCGCACAUUGUUCUGCUGGGGCAUCAGACACCUCGAGUGCCCCGCAGGAACAUUCUUUUCGUAGUCUGCCCUAUUCGACGCCGGUUAAUGUCACAGUUCACGUGCAAGCUUACCCAGAAUCCAAGGAUUUUCGUAGAUAACGUUUUCUUAACUCCCUUUUCAUGUAUAUGUUUUUUUUUUUCUGUUCAUGCCGGCAGAUUCAUAUGUUGCCAGCCUGUUUGGUAUGAUAGGUCUUGUGAAUAAUGCGCACAUAUUUUCACUAUUUGUUUCAUGAGUUAAAUGAAUUUUUAGCUUUUUUUAGCUGUUUUGUGGGCUGUUUUAUAAAAAGUGCGUAGCAUAAUGGUGUCAACAUAUCUUUCCAAGGACUACUGAUAGUCUUAGCAGCAAGCACAUGGAUUAUAGGAUGUGCUCAUAAGCAUGAAAAUAGGAGGCAUCAUUUGUAGCUUUGUACAGAUGUUUAAUUUUUGUUUUACAUACCUGUCAGUUGGGCAGUAUGGUGGCAUCUGCUUUUUUGUAAGAUUUUUUGCCACUGCUCUCACCAGCCUAGUGUUGCUGGUGUUGUGCAAGAAAGUGUGCAGCUAGGCUGGUUUUAAAAGCAGUAUGUAAACAACAUUUACCCUGUACAGCUGCUCUUUAAGCAUUCUGCUAUUUUAUUAAUGUAUUAUGAGAGGCACUUCGAAGCUCAGAAGAAGCUCAGCUAUAUCCUUUCCCUCAUAAUAAGCUGUUUCCAAGUUCUUUCCGUGAUUAUCAGUCCUCACUUGACUGCUACUACGCUGUACAGAAGCCAUGCAUUCUUAGGUUGCUCUGUAGAACAUGUUUCAGUUUAGCUGUGCUAAAAUGAAACAAGAUAAAUGCUUAAGGAUAUAAGCAUUGCCCUUAAGGAUAAACAAACAAUGCAUUACAUGAGGAUGAAACAAACAGUACAACUGCACAUUCUCCAGUGUAGGAGCAUUUUAUAUAUUGUAAUUAGCAAGAUAAUAAUUAGUCAACUUGUUUUAGCCAGAAAUUUGGGAAAGUGCUAGCUUGUCAUGGAAACAUUCCUGGGAAAUAGAAAGACUUCCUUAUUUGUACAUUUCUUCAAGUUGCCCUCCUGAAAAUUGUGAAAGGUAUUUCAUGAGUGACUUGACUGUGAGACUGCAGCUGUGGCCGGCCACUUAUGUCACUGCAUCCGCAGUCACCCGUCGUUCAGCUUUUGCACACUUCAGAAGUUGUACCGGGUAUUAAUGCAAGUACAUUGCAAGUUCGAUGCCCUACAGCUUUCUAUUAGGUGAAAAGCUGAUUUGUUAAAUGCUACAUUGUUGGUUAUUUCAACUAGCACUGCAUGGCCUUCAUGUACUUUCAUAUGUACACAGAAGAUCAGUAUUUGGAAGUCUGGUCCUAGUAAUGGGACAUACCCAAAUACCAGCACAACCUAGAGGCUUUACAUGUAUUUUUUAUUUACAGAAGCAUGCAAGAAAUGUUAUUCAUGUGGUGGAAUUUUUUCUCUUGUGAUUUAACUGAGUUUCUUUCACAAAACAAAUUAUGGUGCUUGAGAUAAAUAAUUAAGCUUUUCUCAAUGUGUUAAACAUGUGGAAGAACCUUUUUUUCCAAGAUCAAAAGGAAAAUUGCAAAAUCUUGGUAGGAACUUUCAGGGUACCAUGUUUAAUUGGCAUCUUUUUACUGGUGUGGCUAUCACUUUCCGAUGACUGUAUUUACUGUGCCACUGUUUCGCUUAGUAUUUAAAACUGCAAUGGUGACACAUUGAUGCAGAUUUCCUGCACAGCUUUGUAUAUAAUAUAUAUAUAGAUAUAUACUGUAAAUAUACUGUAAUAAUCUGAGUAGUUAGCAUUACUUGUUUAUUUGAUGAAAGAAAGGUGUGGCAAUGCGUAUGUGGAAAUAAAUUGUGCCUUAAUAGCUGCUUUA